AGUCAUACGAGCAUGGUGCGCGCAAUCGCACAGCGCGCGUAAAUGGUUGUUCGCGCUGUUUUAGCUCAAAGGCCGGGCUGAUCGCUGAAUUCGGAUUGCAGAUAAUAUCGUCGCUGGACCGUAACAAGCACUCGUUUUGCCCUAAAAAUGCCCAUGGCUGUUGACGGAAAACUGACCGAGGUGAAGUACACGCGGCCGGAAUGCGCUUUCUGCGAUCUCAGCGACCGAUUCACGCUACCCGAUCGCACCUUCAACCGGCAGUACGCCGCAUUCUACUGCGCCCGGUACAAGGCGGUGCGUGACGUUCUGGAAGACCGUGCCAGAGAAAAAUGGGGUAAGCUGGACGUUCCAAUCACAACGUUGUGUGACCUCGUCGAGGACAAGAGGUCAGUCGUCGUUGGGACGCUCUUCAAGAUCAUGGAACUCCAGCCGAGCAUCUUGAAGGAGAUUAGCGAGGAGCACCACAUCGCACCGCAGCCGCAACGAAGCCAUUUCACAGACAACGCCGAUUCGCUUGUUCUCGAAGACGACAAACAGCGGCUGGCGCUUUCUGGGAGCAUCGACGUUCACACCCAUGUGACAGGUGUUCCCAUAGCUCUGCUGGGUCGGGUGGGAACGGAUGGUCGCUUCGCCGUGGAGGACUUCUGCUAUGCCGAGCCGCCGGAACAGAUCAAGAGGCCGCUCCUCAAGACCGACAUGUUUGUGCUCUUGGUCUCUGGCGUGGGGCUGACUGAGAAGGCCGACAGCCUGCUUCCCUUCCAGCUGCUCAUCGAUUACGUGUCGGGCUUCCUCGGCUGCGACGCCGACCAGGAGAGGGCGUCGCGCGUCGUCCGCGUGAUCCUCGCCGGCAACAGCCUGCGGCAGAAGGGUUCGAGCAAGGACAUGUCUCGGGCCAAGUUCACUGUUCGCAAGGAGUCGUCUGCGGAUGCCAGCGUGGCAAGGCUCCUCGACAGCCUUCUAGAGCAACUUUCGCGUUCCGUGGAAGUGGACGUCAUGCCCGGCCUCUCGGAUCCGGCGGCCAGCCUGCUUCCGCAGCAGCCAAUGCACCCCUGCCUCUUUCCUGGUGCUUCCCAGCGAGCCUCGCUACGAUGCGUCACGAAUCCUUAUCAGUUUGAGUUGGACGGGUUGAGGAUACUGGGAACUUCGGGGCAGAACGUGACGGAUGUCCAGCGUUACAGUCAACUCACCUGCCCUCUUGAGAUUAUGGAGAAGACGCUGCAGUGGCGCCACCUGGCACCUACGUGUCCAGACACACUCUCCUGCUACCCGUUCACAGAUCAAGACCCCUUCAUUCUGGAUUCUUGCCCGCACGUUUAUUUCGUGGGCAACCAGAAAAAGUUUGCCACCAAGCUCUACAAAAGUGAACAAGGGCAGACAGUUCGUCUUGUGGCUGUGCCGUCCUUCUGCAAGACAUUCACCUGCGUCUGGCUGAACAUGAGAACCCUUGAGUGUGAACCAAUGUGCUUCGAAGUUAAUCCGUAAUGUGAAAUCUGUGUGGCCAAGUUUACGAAUUUCCGUAUUGACUUCCAAUGCUUUUGCGUUAUAUAUUUACAAAGAAAUAAAACCAUGUACGUAUGUGCCUUUCUACUGAAAUGAAUGUCUUAGUUGUG